AUGGCUGAUCAGCAAACGAGCGAAAACCACCACCUUCUUGGCCUUUCCCUGGACCGAACACCCACAUAUACCUAUGGUUCGAUACCCAAACCCCAUCGAAAGAACCCCUUUGCGGCGUCGUCUGAGUCGGUAUUGCGACGAUGGAUAGCAAGGGUUGGGUCGCAAUCCAGAACAUUUCUCCCUUGCACUCAGUGGGUACCUCAUUACAGAUGGGAAUACCUCUCAGGCGACUUUAUGGGAGCGGCAACGGUGGCAGCCAUCUACGCACCACUGUCUGUUUCAUUUGCUUUCAUGAGCCAUGCCCAUCCGACCAGUGGUAUGCUGUCAUUUGUAAUAUGCAGCCUCGUCUAUGCACUACUAGGUCAUUGUCCACAGAUGAUUAUUGGUCCAGAAGCCCCAGGCUCCCUGCUCGUUGGCAUAGCAGUGCGUUUGGCAGGCACAGGCAGCACGGGGAACGAUCCGGUACGGGACGCUCAAUUUGCAGGAGCCGUCACCUCCGCCGCAGGGACGGUACUUCUGGUUGCGGGGCUAGGCCGCCUCGGCUUUCUGAGCUGUAUCCUCCACCGUCCAUUCAUGAGAGGGUUUGUUCUCUCCUUGGGCUUAGGGGUUGUCGUCGAACAGACCACACCGGCGUUGAGGCUGCCAAACUCGACAUCAACGCUGGGGCCGCAGGCCAGUAUUGCGAAGAAGGUCGGGCUGAUAACCGACCAGCUCAAGCAUCUUCACUCGCUCUCAGCCAUGUUAUCAAUAACAAGUCUGAUAGGGGUCCUGAUAUGCAGAUGGGCCAAGGUAUCCUUGAAACGCCGAUGGCCUUCAGUGGUCCUCAUCCCGGACAGAUUACUGAUAGUCCUCUUAGCCGCCUUACUGACAUCGGCCUGCAAAUGGUCGGACCAGGGCCUCGAGGUCUUGGGGGAGCUCCAGCCCAUCCACUUGGAUAGCCAAUCCUUUCAAUGGCCAUUCCAGGUGCAGAACAUCGAGCCCUUGACAAAAACCAUCGGGGCCUGGUUCACACUCGCCAUGACUGGACUUUUCGAAUCCAUGUUGAUCAUCGAGACUCUCAGAAAAACCGCAAAGAAAUCCCACGCCAAAGGCUUUCGUUCUGACAUGAACCAGGAGCUGGUCGCCCUAGGUACGGCCAAUGCAUUGGCCGGCUGUUUCCAAGCCAUUCCGGCAUUUGGAGGGUAUGGUCGAAGCAAGCUCAAUGUCGCUGCCGGCGGGAAAACUCCAAUGAGCAGUGUUUUCCUCGGUCUCAUGAUCUCAUGCUGCAUGGGGUUUCUUCUUCCCGCCUUCUACUAUGUGCCCCGGUGUGUGCUCGCCGCACUUUUGUUUGAGGUAGGCCUUUCAAUGAUGGAGGAAUGUCCGGCAGAUGUCGCCUUUUCCCUCAAGAUGCGUGGCUGGUCGGAGCUGCUCAUCAUGAUACUCGUCGUUUGCGCAUCGGUCUUCAUUUCAAUCUCAUCUGGGAUGAUGUUGGGCUUGACACUUUCCCUGCUGAGCUUGGUUCGGUCCUCAACCAAAGUCAAGAUCUCCGAAGGGACACGCCUGGAACGUGAAAUUAUCACCAAACUCGAGCAGCAAGGCUUCGAAAACGAGCAUCGAAAACGGGCCCAAGGAAACAUCCUCUUGUUAAAAUUCACUCAGACAGUGACCAUGGACAAUUGCGCCGCGCAAACGCUUCUGGAAAUCGUCGAGGAUCGCGUGGAACAAGGGGUCAGAGUUUUGUUCUUCUGCAGCGCGGCUUCGGAGAAUUGCAGCCUGAUUCUGGAGAAGUUGAGUUUGAGCGGGAUCUUGAAGCAAUGUGGGGGACCUGGUUCGUUCUUGAGUAGCGAGGAGGAUGUGAUGACCGCGAUUGAGCAGGUCGAAAGGGGAGAGAUGCUUGGAGAUCAGGGAAGUAUGAUAGAUGUGUAG